GACGGACCUUCAUUCCUUCUCUCCUAUGCCAGUCAGGCUCAACAUUCCUGCUCUCUGGCUAUACCCCAUUCUUUACUCGACUACCAUGUCCUCAUGAAUUCAACGCCACCGGUUCCUGACCCAGACACCCAAUUGUUUACACCGCAUUCACCAUGGCCAAGUCCGCGGACGUUGCGAAGACCGCCAUACAAUCCCAAAAGGAGCAGAUACUGUCGAGACGGUAUAUCGAGGGCCUGAUUGCAGAUGAAAAGCAUGUUAUAAUCUUCGAGAAUCGCGUCCUCAAGGUGGAUGCUUGGAUCAAGUUCCAUCCGGGAGGUGACAAGUCGAUUAAGCAUAUGGUUGGGAGAGAUGCGACGGAUGAGAUCAAUGCACUGCACUCGAAAGAAGCACGACAACGCAUGCUGUCCUUCCAGAUCGGCCGCGUACAAGGUGUCUGGUUGAAUUUCCUACCUCCCAUCCAGGGAGGCAAGUUCCGUCCGUAUAACGAUGAAACGUGUUUUGAAGAAGACAGCAGCUCUGGACAGGAAACCUCGCAGCCGCCGUCUCCCGUAUUCGACGCCGUCGACGGAAAAGGUACCCUUCGCCGAAGGAAGUCGACUUCCACAAACACCUCCGUGUCCACUCCCGGUAGCGACGACGAAUUCGAACCGAAGCCGUUUUUCCUCGAUGCGAGAACACAGGAGGAGAUUGUUUUCGAUAUAAACAAAUACCCGUCGCUUGAUACAACCAGCCAGGAGAGUAUCCGGCAGAAGUACCGCGAACUGGAUCAGCGGAUUCGCGCGGAAGGGCUGUACAACUGCAAUUACUUUUCGUACUUUAUCGAAUGUUGUCGGUAUACACUGUUUGCGGGCUUGUCAUAUUAUUUCCUUCACUUGGGCUGGUACGGGACGUCGGGUUUCUUUCUGGGCUGCUUCUGGCACCAGCUUGUUUUCAGUGCCCAUGAUGCAGGCCAUAUGGGUAUCACUCACCACUUCCAUGUCGACAGUGUGAUUGGCAUGAUCAUUGCAGAUUACCUGGGAGGAUUGAGCUUGGGAUGGUGGAAGAGGAAUCACAAUGUCCACCACAUCGUCACCAACGCCCCUGAACACGACCCCGACAUUGAACACAUGCCAUUGUUCGCCAUUUCGCACCGUUUCCUCACGAGUCUCACGAGCACUUACUACGAGCGUGUAAUGACCUUCGACGCCGCAGCCAACUUCCUGCUGCGCUUCCAGAACUACCUCUACUACCCCAUCCUCCUCUUUGGCCGAUUCAACCUCUACGUUCUGAGCUGGCAAUAUCUCCUCGGCGACCAAGCACCCAAGAAAGGCCCAGCCUGGUGGCACCGCUGGUUCGAGAUCGCCGGCCAAGUCUUCUUCUGGACCUGGUUCGGUUACGGUGUCCUUUACCGCACCAUCCCGGACUGGAAUAGCCGUGUCCUCUUCAUCCUAAUCUCCCACAUGGUCACUUCACCAUUGCAUGUGCAAAUCACUCUCUCCCACUUCGCCAUGUCCACAGCUGAUUUGGGCGUGCACGAGUCCUUCCCCCAGAAAAUGCUCCGCACCACCAUGGACGUGGACUGCCCGACAUGGCUGGAUUUCUUCCACGGCGGUCUGCAGUUUCAAGCUAUCCACCAUCUCUACCCGCGUAUCCCGCGGCAUAACCUCCGUCGCACGCAGAAGCUAGUCCUUGAGUUCUGUCGGGAUACGGGUAUCCCAUAUGCUAUUUUCACUUUCCUUGAUGGUAACAAGGAAGUCAUUGGGAGACUUGGUGACGUUGCGAAACAGGUUCGUAUCCUGGAGGAGUGUAGGAAAUCUUGCGCGCAGCAGGGCGUGUUUUCUGACCAUCAUUAAUCUCGUCUGGUUUCCUCCAUGGUGCAAUCUCAGUUAUCCGUUGUAAAUACCUGUAUAAUGCCCGCUACGCUCUGCUUUAUGUUGGUGCUUUAGGCCUAGAUUGUUUCGCAUCAUUAUCAUGUUAUGUCUAUAAUGAGAAUAUGCAUUGUCAAAUCGUGGUCGCUCUCUGCACACAUGCAAAUAAUCUUG